AUGACAGUAAGAGACCGGGCAUGCGCAGGACACAUGUGCAGCCCAUGUGUGCAGCCCACAUGUGCAGCCCAUGUGUGCAGCCCAUGUGUGCAGCCCAUGUGUGCAGCCCAUGUGUGCAGCCCAUGUGUGCAGCCCAUGUGUGCAGCCCAUGUGUGCAGCCCAUGUGUGCAGCCCAUGUGUGCAGCCCAUGAAAGAGGUGACACGGGCGAUGUGGACACGGGCGAUGUGGACACGGGCGAUGUGGACACGGGCGAUGUGGACACGGGCGAUGUGGACACGGGCGAUGUGGACACGGGCGAUGUGGACACGGGCGAUGUGGACACGGGCGAUGUGGACACGGGCGAUGUGGACACGGGCGAUGUGGACACGGGCGAUGUGGACACGGGCGAUGUGGACACGGGCGAUGUGGACACGGGCGAUGUGGACACGGGCGAUGUGGACACGGGCGAUGUGGACACGGGCGAUGUGGACACGGGCGAUGUGGACACGGGCGAUGUGGACACGGGCGAUGUGGACACGGGCGAUGUGGACACGGGCGAUGUGGACACGGGCGAUGUGGACACGGGCGAUGUGGACACGGGCGAUGUGGACACGGGCGAUGUGGACACGGGCGAUGUGGACACGGGCGAUGUGGACACGGGCGAUGUGGACACGGGCGAUGUGGACACGGGCGAUGUGGACACGGGCGAUGUGGACACGGGCGAUGUGGACACGGGCGAUGUGGACACGGGCGAUGUGGACACGGGCGAUGUGGACACGGGCGAUGUGGACACGGGCGAUGUGGACACGGGCGAUGUGGACACGGGCGAUGUGGACACGGGCGAUGUGGACACGGGCGAUGUGGACACGGGCGAUGUGGACACGGGCGAUGUGGACACGGGCGAUGUGGACACGGGCGAUGUGGACACGGGCGAUGUGGACACGGGCGAUGUGGACACGGGCGAUGUGGACACGGGCGAUGUGGACACGGGCGAUGUGGACACGGGCGAUGUGGACACGGGCGAUGUGGACACGGGCGAUGUGGACACGGGCGAUGUGGACACGGGCGAUGUGGACACGGGCGAUGUGGACACGGGCGAUGUGGACACGGGCGAUGUGGACGCGGGCGAUGUGGACACGGGCGAUGUGGACACGGGCGAUGUGGACACGGGCGAUGUGGACACGGGCGAUGUGGACACGGGCGAUGUGGACACGGGCGAUGUGGACACGGGCGAUGUGGACACGGGCGAUGUGGACACGGGCGAUGUGGACACGGGCGAUGUGGACACGGGCGAUGUGAGGAAAGAGGUGACGGCACGGGGGAAACGAGUCGACUCAAAAGAAAAGCUGAAGGCCACAGUAAGGGAAGGCAGUGGGAAGAGCAGUUGGAAUGAGGGGGCGGAAGGCAGAGGUGGUAGUGCUCGAAGGGGUGCCGCUGGGGGGGGCGGGAGAAGUGAGUGA